AUGCUCUCCUUGAUUAGGACUUAUGGAACUUAUUAUGGAUUUCGGAUAUUUGGUUCCAGAUAUUUUAUGCAUGGGAUAGUCGAUGAGAAGACUGAUGUAUUUGCUUAUGGUGUUUUAUUACUAGAGAUAAUAACAGGUCGUCAUGCAGUUGAUUCGAGUAGACAAAGCCUUGCAAUGUGGGCAAAACCACUUUUACAGGAAAACAAUGCUAAAGAAGUAGCUGAUCCACGGCUCAGGGAAGAUUAUGAUCCUAUUGAAAUGAAGCGUGCCAUGUUAACGGCUUCAGAGUUCAAUCGUGAACCGGGUAUGAAAUUUUUUCUUCCCGUUAAUUGAUUUUCCAUUAAUAAGAGGCAGAGUUCAUAGCUUAAAGUAAUGUUCGAAAGGUUCAGGUUGUGCAGCUGCUGAGGGGUGAGGAAACACCUAUAGAGUUGAAGCAAAAGACUAAUGCUGGAAGGGCUGUGAUUUUAGAUGGUUGUGACAUGCAAGAUUAUACUUGCACCAGCUACCUCAAUGACCUCAAUCGCCAUAUGCAACUUGUGAUGGAGUAGUGUUUUGUUUGAAUACACAUCGGAGGAGCCAUUGCUGUUUCUGCUGCUUUAGUUUUCCU